AUGUUGGAAGACCCCGUGUACGAUGAAAUAGUGCGAUGGGGAAAUGACGGCGACAGCUUUGUCGUGCUCGAGAAUGAGAAAUUCACCAAGACGAUUCUGCCCAAGCACUUUAAACACAGCAACUUUGCUAGUUUUGUGCGGCAGCUGAACAAAUACGACUUCCACAAAGUGCGGCACACGGAAGACAACGGUGCCGCGCAGUACGGCCAAGGGGUAUGGGAGUUCAAGCACCCCGAAUUCAAGGCCAACAUGAAGGACAACCUCGACAACAUCCGAAGGAAGGCGCCCGCACCGAGAAAACAGACUGCCGUGGUGGACGACAGCUUCCCCAACAACCAGCAAGUCUCGCUCAUGAACGAGUCCUUGUCAGCCGCGCUGCAGCAGGUGGCGGGCCUGCAGGACCACUACUAUCAGGUCGUGGCGACCAACAAGCUGCUUGUCGAGGAGGUCUUGAGCCUGCAGAAGACGGCCAAGGCGCAGAACCAAGUGCACCACGAGCUGCUCAACUUCCUCGACAACCUGGACGAGCGCCGUCGGAACAGCAAGCACGCGAACCAGUCGAACCCGGGCCAGGGUUUCCACUCGGGUGGGCUCGGCAUGCUCCCAGACAGCGGCGACGAGCCGGCGCCCGAGCUGCGCCGCGCGCGCGAGACUCUGCUGAGCGUGGCCUCGGCGGUAGACAGCCCCAACUUUGGUAAGGAACUCGAGAGACUAUCGCUGGCCUUCCAGAACGUAUCGUCGCCGCCCGAGUCCACCACGUCGUCGACGGCCAUGUUCCCACAGCAGAGCCUGGGCUUGUCCAUGCCCAUGUCGGCGGACCCGUUCCACGACGUCAAGCACCUCGUCUACCCCAUGGGGCAGAACCAGGGAAUCGACCCGUUCCACGCCGACCAUAUCCACAACAUCCCGUACACGCAGCCGCCCAUGUCGCAGGCCAUGGAGGCCACGAGCCAGAUAACGCCCCCGCCUCAAGGCGCCGCGGGGCAACCGAGCAUAUGGGUCAAAAGACCCUACAUCCUGCUGGUCGAGGACGACAAGGUGUGCGCUAGGAUUGGUGCCAAGUUCUUGAUGCAGUAUGGGUGCCAGGUUGACACUGCCGGCGAUGGUAUGGAGGCUGUCGGGCUCGUUAACACGGAUCCGAAUCGGUACCACCUGGUCUUUAUGGACAUCAUCAUGCCCAAUUUGGACGGCGUUUCGGCAGCUACGUGCAUCCGUACCGAGAACCACACAGGCGUCCCGAUUGUGGCCAUGACGUCCAAUAUCCGACAGGAGGACAUCGCGACCUAUUUCAACUUUGGCAUGAACGACGUCUUGGCCAAGCCCUUCACAAAGGAGGGCAUGAUCCGAAUCCUCAAGAAGCACCUGGCGCACAUGUACAAGAACCCGCAAGAGGAAGGUUUGUACGCCGAAGUGAUGCCAUCGCAGCAAAUGUCCACCAUGGCCUUUGGGCCGGGCUCGUCGGGAGGCCCCAUGAGCAUGGCCGCCCUGACGGCGAACCCGGCAGUUGGGGGGCCUCCGCCACAGGGACAAGCCCACAGCGUACAGCACGCGGGCGGGCCCCCAGGCCACCACGGUAUCAAGUUCGACGGGGGCGCCCCGCCCAUGCAUUCGCCGUCGAUCAAGUUUGAAGGAGGCUCGGGUAGCGCGGGGCUGCACUCGCCCUCGACAACGGCAGGAUCGUGGAACUCGCCGGGGACCAUGUCGCAGACGUCGCCAGCAGUAGUAGACGCCAGCGGCGGCCAAGCGGGCUACAUGACGGCGGGGAGCGGCGGAGGCCCCAUAGCGCUGACGCCGGGCGGGUCUCAGCGGCCGGGCGGCUUCGCAGCCAUCAUGGCGCCACAGGUCGGCACGCCACCAAUCCCGAGGAUGCCCGACGGCCAGCCCGACGACAGGCCGGAAAAAAGACAGCGCAUGUACGGUGGGGCGGCGGGUUUCCCAUAG